CGGACAAUCCUAGGCGAGUUCAAAGCCAUUGUCAACCAGAUCUUGCCCGGAGAAAUCUAGGCAAGAAUCUGGCAAAAACUCGAACGCAUGAUGACAAUGUGCAACUUCACAUCCCAAAUGACAAUGGUCAUUGAAGAGUACAAUGGCCUCACUCCCAACGAGAUCUUCGAGGCUUCCGAGGUUUACUUAAGAUCAAAGUUGGGCACGUUAUCGACCAAUAGGCUCAAGAUCUGCAAGGCGACGCAAGAAGCAAAUAUCUCUUUCGUUGUAAGCAGAAACGAGAAGAUAAAUGACACGUUUGAAGGCGCAGAGUUCAUAUGGGAAUUGAAAGUCGACCCCACUUCGCCUCGUCAGAAGCCAAGCAACGAUUAUGAUGUUCGCCCGCCUUUGGAAGUAGGGGACUUGAGAUCAUUUGAACUCACAUUGAACAAGGAGAUAAAAGGUAUGGUUUUGACAUCAUAUAUUCCAUUUGUGUUGAAAAAGUCAAAAGAACUAAGAGAAAAAGAGAAGGUGAUCAAGCUUUUGCCACUUGGAAAUUGGCAUGAGGAAGUCUGUCUUGACCACCCCUCCACAUUUAAGACUCUUGCGAUGGACCCAGACCUCAAGAGGGAACUCAUUGAGGACUUGGACCGGUUCGUGCGACGAAGGGAGUAUUAUAGGAGAGUUGGGAAAGCAUGGAAGCGAGGGUACUUGUUGUAUGGACCCCCUGGAACUGGGAAGUCAAGCCUGAUAGCGGCGAUGGCAAAUUACUUGAAAUUUGACAUCUUCGACUUAGACCUCACAGGCCUGAAGAGCAACUCGGAACUCCAAAUGAGAAUGCCCCUGACCAAGAAUAAAUCCAUUCUUGUAAUUGAGGAUAUUGAUUGCAACAUUGAGGCGCAGAGCAGAAACCUUGUCGAUAACACUCACAAGGAAAGUCAGCUAACGCUAUCAGGUUUAUUGAACUUCAUUGAUGGACUAUGGUCGUGCUGUGGGGACGAAAGGAUCAUCGUGUUCACAACUAACUGCAAAGAAAGACUAGACCCGGCACUCCUUAGACCCGGAAGAAUGGACGUGCACAUCCACAUGUCCUAUUGUCCCUUUUGAUGUAGUAGAGUACAAUUUAUUUCAACAUAUAGUCAUCGCAAUCCCAAAAUAAAGCUUAUCUUGUUCUAAUAAUUGUCUUUAGAGUGCAUGGCUAUAAUUUAUUUUUAUUUUUGAGAGGACUUCCAAAAAAUGUAAAUAAUUUUUUGGGACGCGACGGAAUGAGUAAGGGGCUGUUUGGCAACUUCUGAAUCGGUAAGUGCUGAACCAGUAAGAGGUCUGAACCAUUAAGAGCUAGUAUAUUGCUUAACUAUUCAGAGGCAAAUGUCUGAUCAAUUCAGAUAAGAGGUCCUAACCAUUCAGACUCUGUAUAAUACUUAACCAUUCAGAGGCAAAUCUCUUAACCAUUCAGACAUCUGAACCAUUAAGAGGCUGAAACAAACAGUCUGAACCAUUAAGUGCUGAACCAUUCAAACAUCUGAACCAUUAAGAGGCUGAAACAAACAGCCCCUAAGUAU